AUGCGGCACAAUUCUGGAGACGCUGGUCUUUGCGAAAGUGUGCACAAGGAGCUGGAUGGAGUUUGGAAGUUCUUCUCCGAGAAACUCAAGACUUUCAAGGAUCUGCGAAUGGAUCAGGUGGCGGCGAACGUCCGGGAGCUGCGUGAUUCGUCCUUCACAAGCUUGACGUCUUUGACCAAAGAUGUUGAACAUCAUUUGAAGUCGUCCAAAGACAGUCUGGGGAGGAUCGUGGCAGCAGAGGAGUCGCUCCAGAAGAGCAUGGUGGAGACUGAAAGAAAAAGCCAGGAGAUAUCAAACAAAGCCACAGUCCUUGUAAGCCACGUCAAUGGGUACCAAAAAUCAUUAGAGAAACUGUCUGUAGAUGAUGCGGUCGAUAAAGUUGCAGUGUUUUCAGCGCUUCUCGAUGAGCUGAAGAAGGCCGAUCCGCAGAGACUUUUGACGAGCGUCAAGGAACAGAUGGGAAAAGUUGGUCCAAGCAUUGAUGGCUUCGCGACGAAAAUGGCUGACACGGUUAAUCAAAGCACUGCAGAGAUGCAAUCCUUUGUAAAGGCCUAUAAGGAACAGCUAGACCCUGGCAUCCAAGAGGGCCUGAAGAUCUUGAAGGUGUUUUCAGAGGAAGCGAGCAGAGUCCAGAGGCGCUUGGAGGACACGGACGGCAGCUUCAAGAACCAUUCCGAGACGCUCCGCCAGGUAAUUCGAGACGAGGGCAGUGUGAUUGCGGAGAAAUGCGGCCGAGAUUUGUCUGAUGCCAAGGAGCGGAUCGAUGAUUCAAGCCAAAGAUUCGCUUCCACUGUGCAGAAGAUCCAGGACAGCCUCAAAAAGCACCAUGAAGCCCACGAGCAGGAGGUGCAAUAUUUGAAGGAGGAUAUACAGAGAAGAAACGAAAAGAUGGAGAGAGAUUCCCGAGAGAAAAUGAAGGAAGUGGUUCAGUCUCACGAGGACCGUGCCGCACGCUUCAUCAAAAACACGGAGGACUCAAUGAAGAAGCUUACGGAGGCAUCAGCGACCUUGCAGAGCGUACAAGACACAAUUGGCCAAGUAGCUGCCAAGGAGGUGGAGGUUGUCUUCAAAAAGUUCAAAACAGAAUACGAGCAUUUCCGCGGCAUCUUGGACGAGUCUCUGGAGCCGUUGAGAAGGUUGAUGAUGUCGGGCAGAAGUUGGUACAAAUGA